AAUAACGCGACGCUCGCUUUGCUCGAAAGCAACUCCAUUUCAAAUUUCUGCUGCUGAGAAAUUUCAAAUAAGUAAAAUAAAGUAGACUAUACUUCGUAAAUAUUAUUAAUAAGUAAAAGUGAGCAUUUAUGCUGUGGCCUGCAAGCGAACAAAAUGCCUAAGGAGAAAGCAAAGCCUAGAGCAACAAAAAAACGCAACAAGAAAAACACACAAAAGGAAAAUGAAGAGCAAAGAAGCGUCGCUGCCUCGGAUGCCACAGCCCCAGUAAACUCCACAAGCUCAAUUAAUGAAAGUGGAAAUGCAGUGGGCCAUCAGGCCAUGUACACAAUACUCUCCAAUGCACAAUUGAACGAGACAUUUCACAAGCGCUACACCAAGGAACUAAAGCAACUGUACUCAAAGCUCGACCAUGAAGCGUUUAUGCAUACAUUCAUUGAAAUGUUCAAGACUGUGCUAGCCGCUGAGGAGGGCAACGAGUAUGGGACCACAGCAUUGGCCUUUUGCGCUAAAUUCGUGACCAGCUUCGAGGAGGAGACAACACAUCCCAUAUUAGCCGAAACAUUUCGCUGGCUCUUAUCCACCAUAUCUAGCAGCACGCUGAUACGUUAUCGUAUUUGCUUCUUCGUGAAUCUCAUACUUAAGCAUCUGGGGCCUUGUGCGGCGCUGGAUGAUUCACAGUGUGACCAGAUCCUGCAAUAUAUGCUCGAGCGGCUGAAGGACGUCUCGCCGGGCGUGCGUAAGGAGGCAGUGCUAGCAAUACAGCGUCUUCAAGUGCCCGAUCAGACUGAUGAUCCCGUGGUGUGCGCUUAUCUGUAUCAUCUAAGCUCGGAUCCCUCGCCAGCGGUGCGACAGUGCAUUAUUAGCUGUAUGGGCCGCAAUUGCCUCACUGUGCCUCACAUACUGCAACGGCUUUCGGAUGUGGAUGAGAAAGUGCGCAGGCAUACGUACAUCAACAUGUGCACGUAUCCUGUGCGCUCCUUCAAGGUGUCGCAGCGCCUAACGCUGCUCGAAUGUGGCCUUAACGACAGAUCGGACACCGUGCGCAAGAAUGUCAUCAAGUACAUGCUGAAGGCGUGGCAGGAGGCGUACCAGCACAAUUAUAUAGCGCUCACUUCCGCACUUAAGCUGGACUCCAAUGAGGAGGAGCUGAUGCGCUUUCGCAAAGUGGCGCGGCAAAUGCUGCUGGUGAUCUUUGAGCAGAAUGAGCCCAGGGAACUGCUGGAGCUGCUGCCACUCAGCGAGGACUGCGAGCUGCAUCGCUGCAUACCCCAAGAAGCGCUCACAGUGGAGCUUGUGCUCUAUUGGCAAGUGCUCAGCGAGUAUCUGCAGGAGCAGCAGGCGGAUGAGUUUGAGCUGGUGCUGCCCGAGCUGAGCGUGUUUUGUGACUAUAUUAAAAAAUUCUGUCAGUUCCAAGUGCCCGACAUGGACAAGUUUGCGCAAUUAGAAUUUCAAGGCAUGCUGCUGUCGCUGGUGGAGAUUUUACGCACCUACGAUCUGGGCGAUGAGAUUGGACGCAACAACUUGCGUGAGCUUAUCACACAUUUGCUUAAGGAGUGCCAACUGGAGCACAAGAUUGUCUUUGUGCUCGUGCGUUGCGUGGAGCAACUGAUGCCCGACAUGCACAGCUAUAUGCAGUACUUUAUAGACAUUACCUACGAGAUCUGUGAGUUGAAUAAGAAGCAGAACGAUCUGGUGCAUGAUCGCAGUUUGAUGGACAAGCUGCUGGUGGGUCAGGAUACGGCGCUUGUGAUGCGCAUCAAUUCGCUCAAAGUGAAAAUACUUGAGCUCGAAGAGCAGGAGGAGAACUUUGUGCGGCAAAAGGAAUACAUUAGAGCCAAGGCAGUGAGCGAUGAGCGUAAUGUUGUUACUGAGGAGUACACAGAGCUAGUUCGUCCGCUCUAUGAGCAGCAUGGCGAGCUCAAUCUGCCCAGCAGGCCCAAACUGUCGAAGCAGGAGCGUGUGCUCAAAGGACUCUACAUAGUCUUCUACAUGGUCACAUCUAAACAAGUGCAAAGCCUCAAUCCCAGUCUCUGCAAGCUAUAUAAGGAUUUCAUAUGCCGCCAUUUGGCCUCAACAGAGAUGGACAUCUGCGAGUGGGCGAUCAAGUGUGGCACCACAUUUAGUUUGCUUUAUGAGCCGUACAUCAAGGAGGUUUCCGACGUGAUUGUUGAUCAGUUUUACAAGGACAACAAUCUGCGUUUACUGGAAACGGCUGCCCACUGCAUCUUGGAGCUGAUCGAUCAUUAUGGCGUCGACUAUUUUGCGGACCUAAAUUCGAAUACUGGCAAUAGCCUGGGACAGGCGCCCAAGAACAAGCGCCGUCUGCUGUACACGAUGCAGGAUUUCUUUGAUGGCGAGGACGAUCGCAGUCAAUCAAGCAGUGAUCAGAGCACGGAUAUCAUAGGCAUGUUAGGCGUCUAUGUGGAGAAGGUGGAUUGCAAGGGCAUCUUGCUGGUUAUAGUGCGUGGACUCUGUCGGCUGGUGCUGCGCGGUCAUCUCAACAAUCGGCUCGAUGUUAUGGAAAAGCUGCUCAAGCGCUACUUUAAUCCCAAAACGGAGGCCAUCGUCAACCAAGUCCUGGGUAUGUUCUUUGAAACGAUUGUGGCUCAAAGACAACAAAGUAUGCUGGUGCCCAGUCUGCUGCCCAUUGUGUGGUCCGUGAUGAACUGCACCUACGAUUCACCGCUGCACGAUGUGCAACCCGAUCAUGUGACUAAAUUUUUCAUCGAUCUAACGGUGCAGGAUUCGAGCCCACCCCAAACGCAUCUCCACAAUCGCAUUGCGUUGAGCUUUUUGAAUUAUAUUGAAAACUAUUUCACGGAACGCAAGGAAAUGUGUCGACUGCUGGCCAAGGAGCUCACAACGCUCAGACUCAAUGUGCAGCAAUGUCCAGCGCUCAAGAAUGAAAUGCAGGAGCUGGCCGAGAAACUGCUGCAAAGCGAAUUGGAGCCACGCAUGAUACGCAACAUAACAGACUUUCAGGGUCUGCUCAAUGGCAGCUUUAAUCCGCCUCCAAAGAAGACCACAGAGGAAGGUCAGGAAAGUGAUGCUGAGGCAGAGGAGUGUGAAAGCGUCGCAGCAACAACGAUAUCUACAGCGGAAUGUGCAGCGCCUGCGGACAUAGAGCCAACGCCCACAGCUGUGGAGACAGUUGCCGAACUGAAAGAGGGACCUGCCGUAGUGGAGAAGCCGGCAGAGCCUGUGCUUACCACCUUUGGUGCGGAUAAUCAAGUGGGCUUACGCUUUUUACGACGCUCACUGCACAACUCUAUUAGCAACUCAGAUGCAGAAAGCGUUUGCAGUGCGCACUCGCCAGCAAGGGAGUUGGAAAAGGAGCGUGAGAAAGCCAAUGAGCUGAGCAGAAGAAAUCUGCGGCGUCCAGAGAUGCAGCAACGCAUUGAACAAGCAAUAGCGCGUGCCUCCAAAACGCCAGAGAAGCCAAGUGAACCAGCUGAGGAAUCGACAGUGAUACAAUGCGAAGACGAUUCUGACAAAACGUCCACCAAUAAAACACUCACGAAUGCAACGCUCACUAAGAAGACGCCCAUCAAAAAGACGCCAACUAAUAAGCCACCAACUAGUGUUGGCGUUUCAACGCCGGCUUAUAAAACGCCUAUUAAUACAACACAGGAGCAGUGCGAUGAUUCCGAAAUAAUAGAAGCCACACCCACGCCGCCAAGGAAUAGCACGUUAAACGCAACCAGGUUGCAGGCAAGUCGAUCUCGUCUGAGAUCGUUGCGUCAAAGAAACACAAGCGGCGUUGGCGCCGCGGCAGGAACAAGUACCGGCAAUGGCAACGGCAGCAAACGCAAGGUGCUGCAUACGCCUUUACGAAAUGGAACGAAGCGUGUGCUACGCAAAUCCGUGCAUGCCACGCCAUCCGCAUCACCACGUAUUUCGCCUCUGCGCAAACAACUGCGACUGGAACAUAAAACGCCUAGAACCAGCAGAGUGGUUAGAAGCGCCGCCAGCACUAUCGCCGUACCCCCCAGUGACAAACACACGGCCAGUCCCACGGACAGCAGCAGCUCAUCCGUCAAGGAGAACACUGCGCCCAGUCCAGCGGCCAAAACGUCAAGAAAAUCCACACCGAAAGCUCGACAGGUGCCCAGAAUUGUAAUAAGCUCGCCAAUGGAGCGCGUCACCACACGUCUGUCGGCCAAGAAGCAGCGUAUAAGCUCCACGCUUAUGACGCGCAAACGCAUGUCCUUGGAGCUCAGCCUCACCGAAGGUCAUCCCAAGGAAACCACACCCAAGCGCCUGUGCCCAGGCAGCGGGCGCAGCAGCAGACGUCGCAAUUAGCAGCCACCGGAUAUUGUUAUCCGCAUUCCCCUUGUCCCCGGUUGCUUUCAGUCUUUUAGUUAACAAGUAUUUAGAGUAUUAACCAUAGAUUUUAUACCUAUUUUUGUGUUUUACGUUCCCCAUGUUUGUUCGUUGCACUAUGUAAAUUUUGUGUACAUUGUGUAGUCAGGUUUAAGUAUGCUAACAUACAAUUUUAAAAAAAUAAGAGUA